UCAUCAGGGAGGUUUUGGAAAAAGUCGAUAUCGUACCUGGUCGAAGUGGACGCGCACACGCUGCUGCCAGUCCUUGCGGAAGUCUGUAUAAAAUCCCCAUCAGUCCAUCAAUUCCCAUAAAACCUCGCAAGCCAAAAAAUUCUUUCCACAGGUCUCACUCACGCUGGUUGAGGAUUUGGUUGUUGUGCUUGAUCGCCUAUAUACCGCACACACACAAUCAGUAUUUCUUCCUCCAUAACCGAUACAGACAAGAUAAAAGCCCCGGAGAAGCUCUCAUCUUAACCUGUAGAUAGAAGUCGAUAAAUCGAAAUAACAGGGAUCCAAACGCACCAUUGUGACGGAUGGGGAUCAAGUCCGGGAGAUGGUCGUUGUCGUCGUGGGAGGUGUCUGGUCGUAUCUCGAAACUCCAGCGGAAAGACUCGUUUCAAUAUUGGGCGGAACUUUUUUUGGUGUGGCCGCCUGCGCAGAGCCGCCUCGCUUAGCGAGCCCUAGCCUACUUUCCCCUUUCGGAAAGCGUCUUUCAUCUACAAGGCAAAACAACGAUAUAACUUGCAGUUUUCCUACUUUUUAUUCUCAUGUUUGUUUCUACAGUUUAUAAGCGUUAUAAUGAAUGGUAUUCCAUAGCCAGUCUGCAGCUCCCGAGUGCUCUAAGCGAG